UGCAGUGGAGUCAGCUAUCGUGUCAUCUGCUGUGCUUACAGACAGUGCACUGUGCCAAAAGCAUUGACUGAGACAAGCUGGGCCCUGACCUAAGCAGGUUCUGUCACCAUGGAGGAGAGGGAGCGGCAGUGUAACAGAGAGGAAAGAGCUGAUGUUGAAUCCCCCACAGGACAGUCAGUCACGGCAGGAGAACCAGGCACACAGUCCACAUGGACGAAUGGUGAGUGUGUGGCGUCUGUGUCCACAUCCACUUGGUUCACUCCCACCUUUGACUUCUCACACUGCAGGACACUUCUGGAAACCAAAGGCUUCCAGAUUCCAGCAGAAGACUUUGAGGGUCCACUUGGUUUAGCGCUGGACCACCCGUCCGUCAGAAGAUACCUGCUUUUCAACUCAAACAUUUUUAAUGUCUUCAUGGCACCCGUCUUUUAUGUGGUGCUGUGGUGCGCUGUGUACUCGACCAUUCACAUGUACCUCGAUGGCAGCACAGAGGGCUUCUGGGUGCUCUGUGUGUGUGUCAGUCUGGUGUCCAUGAUCCUCACCGUCGCCAUCAACCUCAUCUUCCACUACAGCUACAAAGAGAUCAACAUGAACACAGACGUGCGGUUGGUGGGGGUUAAUGAGCACAUGGCCAGACACAAGCUGCUGUUGGGAGUGGCUGACUGGGUCCAGAAAUGCAGAGCAAACAUGCAGCUCUUCUGUAUGUACUGGGACAUGUUCCCAUGUCUGACAUCUCUGACUGAAGCACUGGACAACAUGAGUCAAAUACAGAAUAGACUCAAGAAAAGAAUGUCCCACCUAGUCCUAGUGACGGAGGUCACGACCCUGGCCCCCGAGGCUGGAGAACAGGACGAGGAGCUCCUAGAAGAAAAGCGGCCGCUGCUGGAGGGACGAGAGCCAAGCUUUCCGACUAGUCAACGGGAAGACUCUAAACUCACCAAAAACUUCAGCCUGAUGCCUGACACCACUCUCUCUAAUAAGGCGAUUGCUCAGCAGCUCCUGAUUACCUACAGUGCACUUUAUGUCAGACUGCUGGUAUCAAACAAGCUUCCUGCUCCUCCCCAGCGGUCUACACGUGCAGGGAAGAAUCAUUCCACUUCCUGUCUGUGUCUGUGUGAGUACGUGGAGCUGAAGGUCCUGCGGUAGACAGACUAUCAUGACUAUCAAAUCUCACAUUCAAAAGUAUUAGUCAUCCCUUUCUCUGGGAUGAUUGUUUCGCUGUCAGUUAUGAUAGUCACUGACUGUUCCUGCUGCUCUUGAAACUGUUAUGAUUUCAUCUGUGUACUGAAAUAUAUACAUUUUUUGGUUUCCUGA